AUGUUUGGCGUGUCCAAGACCAAGUCGGCGUGGCAUGUGGUCAACCGAGAGACGACGUCAACCUUAUCGAAUACUCGCGACAGUGACGAUUAUAUCAAGACGAAAAACAGUUCGCUCGGACUGAUGUUACUGCACAUGGACGCCGACUUUCAUCGCGUGGUCGCAGAAGGCGGUUUAUGGACCUACUUGAAGCGACAGAUGUUCAGCAUGGAGAUAGCGGAAAGCGGCAAUGUCAUGCAUCAUUUUAAUGGAGUCCUCAAUAUCAGAGCGAAGCUCAGCAGCAUCGGCGCCAAGAUGGAGGACGAGGACGUAGCGAUCUUCUUGUGCAGCAGUCUCCCCAAGAGCUACGAGAACGUCGUUCUCAACUUGUAG